AGGGGCAAAAAAGGGGGAAGUUGGGGGGGAGAGGAGGUUAACAAUACAUCUGCCAGGGUUUUAUUGUCACCCCACAAUCUUAACCCUCGACAGAUAAUUGGCGCCCAACGUGGGGCGAGAGAAAGGGGUAAAUUUGGAGAUUUUUGGCUUUUCUACUGCUCUGACGUACCUUUCAAUUUUCUUGGCACGGUGCCAACUCAUAGAGUUGUGAUACUUGUGCGUCUGUUUGCUUCAGACAUUAUUUAGUGGUAUUAAGGCAAAGUGAAUUACAUUGAUUUAAAGAUGUUAUGGCAUAAGUUGUAUCAGUUAUUUUCUACAUUGUGUUCAGUGAUUCCUUAUCUGUGUUGGGCCUUCUUUCUAAAUUGAAGUAUUCAUUAUAUAACAACAAGAAACUGGACUAUGGUCAUGAUGAUACUGUGUGGUUUGUCACUGGUUUAUUUCAUUAUACUGCAGCCGCUAAUGAAUUUCUACUCGUUUCUGCUUUACCUCUCUCCGGGAGAGAUAAAGCAGCAAUAUGGUUCUGUGUUUGCUAAUUGGUCGAGCAAAUCUUUAGAAAGGCUGACUAACAAUACUUUCAUUUUUUUCACUAGGACAGUUUGCAAAUGUUUUAGAGAGCUUUGAAUAUCCUUGGAGCUUUGAUAGAACUGUGAUGGUGCUAUUUGGUUUGCUGAAUGUGUGUCAGUUUGUGCUACUGUUAAGAGAAAUGAAGUCCAAUAGGAGGUUUGCGUCUCUUUUUAGUCCUGAGAUUUGCGGUGCGUCUUCAGAAGCUUUAGCAAAAAGCACUCCUAGCCGCUUGAGAAAAAGCAAAACAGCAAAAGCUGCCGCUGCAGCCACUGCCCCCCCAACCGUGGCUUCACAGGAUGAAGCUACAGCUCCUCCGCAGAGUUCCUCUGCCAAGGUCGCUGCAGAUAACAUAACUUCUGCAGCCUCAAAGGUUAACAAGGCAGCCCCCCCUUCCUCACACACCGGUCACUGUUGCUGCUGUAACCACAGCAAUCACUGUGAGAGUCAUUCAGACUCUGGAAAUGAAUCAAAUGAUGGUGAACCCAUAUCAGCAUCAGUUGCCGGUUGUAAGAAAGUCACUAGAAAGACUACCCGUGCAGCAGGUGAUGGCACAGGGCCAACAUCAACCCAAGGGGCAUCAUCAGGACAGGGAGGAGAUGAAGUGACCACCACUCGGUCCUUUUCUCCAAGUGAGCUGAGAGAUCUGUGAAAAGACUUUAGUCGUCGUGGAGGCGAGAAUAUUUUAACCUGGCUGCUCCGAUGCUGGGACAAUGGGGCAGAAACAAUUGAAUUGGAAGGUGGUGAAGCCAGGCAGCUGGGAUCUCUGUCAAAAGAUUCCACCAUUGAUAGGGCAAUUUCAAGAGAGUCUGACGCCACUACCCUCUAGACCAGACUCCUGGCAGCUAUGAAAGUAAGAUUUCCCUACAAGGAAGAUUGUAUAUCCAAGUUAGGGAAAUGGAAUACUAUGGAGAGAGGUAUCCAGUUCUUGAGAGAAUUAGCUGUGCGAGAGAUCAUCUAUUUUGGACCAAACAGCCAAGAGGGGACAGACCCAGAUAGAAUCAAUUGUACACGACCUCUGUGGCGCAGAUUUGUACAAAGUGCACCACCUGCAUAUGCUAAGUCAUUGGCAGGAAUGGUCUGGUCAUCUGGAGGUGUACAAAACAUUACUGAAGUGAUUGAGCAGCUCCGGGACUUUGAGGACAGCCUUGCUGGUUCUCUACUGGCUUGUGUCUCUGCUGUGGAGACACUGUGUGAAAAAUCUGAUGACCGAUUUGAAAAGCUGUUGCAAGAAAUCAAAGAACUCAGAGAAGAGACGUACCAUUCACGACCUGUACGAACCUAUGUUUCAGCUAUUAGGAGAAGGCGUUUCCAAUCUCGAGAGAGAGGACAAAGGCAGCCCACAAAAAGAGGUUCACUGUGGUUCUUCCUACAUGAGCAGGGAGAAAACAUGAAUAAGUGGCAUGGAAGACCUACCUCAGAACUUCAAGAACGAGUACGUGAGAUAAAAGGAAAAACUCCUAGGAAGGUGGCUGCUCCAGUUUACCAAAGGAGCAGAAGAGAUUCUGAUGCUCUUGAAGGAACCUCUAAUUCACACCCAGAGACUGUGCAAAACAGAAAUUAGAGGUGCCCUGCCUCCAACCAGGUGAAGGAAAGGGAUAACAGAGUUUAUUGGACUGUACAAAUGCGAUGGCCUGGUACAACACACCCCCAGGAGUACAAAUCUUUAGUGGACACUGGUGCUCAGUGCACAAUAAUUCCUUCUAAUUAUAAAGGAACGCAAUCCAUCAGUAUUGUUGGAGUGACUGGGGGAUCUCAGGAACUGACUGUUCUAGAGGCUGAAAUGAGCCUAAGUGGAAAAAACUGGCAAAAGCAUCCCAUUGUGACUGGUCCAGAUGCUUCGUGCAUCCUUGGCAUAGACUACCUCAGGAGAGGGUAUUUUAAGGACCCAAAAGGGUAUAGGUGGGUGUGGGACAGGAUUUCACUGGCCUCAGAAAAACUCCCAGCAUUUAUCAAUUGAUAAAAGGAAACGUGCUGGAGCUUGUUGGUCACAGACCCUGGUGACGAAAAACAGAAACAGUACUUAAAGACAGGAUGUGCAAAACCCUUUGUGUAGAUAAGAAUUACGAGUUACUAAGGUUGUCAAGAAGGAAUUGCUGCUGCUGCUACACUAAGGAGAGUGCAUUAAUCAAGAUAGCAACUGCCUAAACAAACAUUAGCCAAUCAGUAGGUAUCUAGCAGGAAUAACAAACCAAUCAACGUGUGACGCGCUGUUUAGGAUAGGUAUAAAAUAUGUUCGAAAUUAUAAUAAAGUAGACAUUUUGCUUGCAUCAAGCUGUGUCCCGUCUCUCCAUCACGGCAGGCAGGCAUUUGGUAUAGCAGCUGUGGACACUGAGAAAACUGAACAGCUGUCUGAUUAGCCUGGUCUGUCAGAUGACCCUUCUGUUGUAGGACUGUUGAUGGUUGACGAUCAGCAGGUGCCAAUUGCUACCAUGAUGGUGCAUCGCUGGCAAUAUCGCACCAAUCGAGACUCUUUGAUUCCUAUCCAGAAGUUGAUCCGUCAAUUGGAAAGCCGGGGUGUGAUCGCAGCAGAGUGCAGGCCGCAGUUUGUUUUCACCUGGAGGGGCAUCCAGUACAUGUGGAAUCGCUUGCCCGAGGGGUGGAAACACAGUCCUACCAUCUGCCAUGGACUGAUCCAGACCACGCUGGAGCAAGGUAAAGCUCCAGAACACUUGCAAUAUAUUGAUGACAUCAUCAUAUGGGGCGACACAGCGAAAGAAGUCUUCGAGAAAGGUGAGAGAAUAAUUCAGAUUCUUUUGGAAGCUGGUUUUGCCAUAAAAUGAAGCAAGGUCAAGGGCCCUGCACGAGAGAUCCAGUUUUUAGGAAUAAAAUGGCAAGAUGGCCAUCGUCAGAUCCCAAUGGAUGUGAUCAACAAAAUUGCAGCUAUGUCUCCACCUACUAAUAAACAGGAGACACAGACUUUCUUGGUCAUUGUAGGUUUUUGGAGAAUGUAUAUUCCUGACUACAGCCAGAUUGUGAGCCCUCUCUAUCGAGUGACUCGUAAAAAGAAUCAAUUUGAGUGGGGCCCUGAACAAGGACAAGCCUUUGAACAAAUUAAGCAUGAGAUAACUCAUGCGGUGGCCCUUGGGCCAGUUCGGACUGGACUAGAUGUUAAAAAUGUGCUCUACACCGCAGCUGGAGAUAAUGGACUUACCUGGAGCCUCUGGCAGAAAGCACCAGGAGAAACCCGAGGUCGACCCUUAGGUUUUUGGAGUCGAGGAUACAAAGGAUCUGAGGCCAACUAUACUCCAACUGAAAAAGAGAUACUAGCAGCAUAUGAAGGAGUUCAAGCUGCUUUAGAAGUGAUCGGUACUGAAGCACAGCUUUUCCUAUUACCUCGAGCCAUUUGGGCUGCCACACUGUGGCAAGAGAUUGCUGCUCGGCUAGAGAGCCUUCCUGUGAAAGUUCGUCAUGUAGAUGCUCAUGUGCCUAAAAGUCGAGCCACCGAGGAAUAUCUAAACAAUCAACAAGCAGAUCAAGCUGCUAAGAUUAAAAUAGCUGAGGUGGACUUGGACUGGCAACAUAAAGGUGAACUUUUCCUAGCUCGGUGGGCCCAUGAUGCUUCAGGGCAUCAAGGUAGAGAUGCCACAUAUAAAUGGGCUCGUGAUCGAGGGGUGGAUUUAACUAUGGACACUAUUUCACAGGUUAUUAAUGAAUGUGAAACUUGCGCCGAAAUCAAACAAGCAAAACGGUUAAAGCCUGUAUGGUAUGGGGGGCGAUGGUUAAAGUAUAAGUAUGGAGAAGCUUGGGAGACUUAUUAUAUUACACUUCCACAAACAUGUCAAGGUAAGCGUUAUGUACUUACAAUGGUGGAAGCAACCACUGGAUGGUUGGAAACAUACGCAGUACAUCAUGCUACAGCCCAAAAUACUAUCUUGGGCCUUGAAAAGCAAGUCCUUUGGCAACACGGUACACCAGAAAUAAUUAAAUCAGACAAUGGUAGUCAUUUCAAAAACAGUAUUAUAGACAAUUGGGCCGAAGAACAUGGUAUUGAGUGGGUAUAUCAUAUUCCACAUCAUGCACCAGCCUCUGGGAAAAUUGAAAGGUACAAUGUUUUGUUAAAAACUACUCUAAAGGCACUUGGUGGUGGAACCUUUAAAAACUGGGAUUCACAUUUAGCAAAAGCCACUUGAUUGAUCAACACUAGGGGAUCAACCAAUCAAGCCGGGCCUGCCCAGUCAGAAAUUCUUCGUACUGUAGAAGGAGAUAAAGUCCCUGUAGUACACAUGAAAAAUAUGUUAGGAAAGGCAGUCUGGGUUACUCCUGCCUCGGGCAAAGGCAAGCCCAUUCGCGGGAUUGUUUUUGCCCAGGGACCUGGCAGCACCUGGUGGGUGAUGCUUAAGGAUGGAGAAGUUCGGUGUGUACCUCAAGGGGAUUUGAUUUUAGGUGAAAAUAUUCAAUACUGAAUUGCAUGAUGUGAAUUGCCAUACUAACAGUGUUUAAUAAGGUUUUUUUUCAGAUCAAGACAGUGAUGAUGAAAGCAGAGCUAGCUUCUUCGAGUGGUGCCUGACAACUUCUUUGAAGUUGGUGUCUUUAACCCACAAACAGUGGUCAUGAGAUGCACUAAAUGUACCAUUUUUUCCUGCCCUGGGAGACUGUCGUGACAAAAUGAACUUAAUGAACUUUUCAAAGGAUGGUUCACUGAUUAAGAUUAAUUACUCCUGUGUAUAUAUGUGUGUAUAUAUAGAUAUAUAUAUACAGUAGUAGUGAUUAAUUAUAUUGUAUUGAUAGAUUGUAUUGAUAAGGUUUAAGUAUUCAGUGAAUGGCAUAUUAUAAGGGGUGGAAUAGUCCUGGUUUUGUUAAAAAACAAGUUUCUCUUUUAGUGAAUUUGCCUGUCAGCUAAAGCCUUCAUAUUAGCUGCAUUUUCCUGGAGAACCAGAUACAUGUUUUGGUAAACCUAGCAAUGGAAUGCAAACUUAUUGAUAAGCACGGAUGGACAUCUCGCGAGAGGGGCAACGAGAAACCGGUGACCAAGAAACUGACCAACUGUGUAUAACAUUCCAUUCACGUGAAUACUUCAUAUAAAAGUGGGAGAUCACAAGGAUCUCGUCC